GUUCAAAACCCUCGUUCAUCACUUCUCUCUUCCACUUCCUCUCUCUUCCUCUCUCUCUCUCUUCAUCGCUGCCCUUCGUCGCCGCGAGAUCAAUGGCGUCCUCGGCGCGCAAAGGCGGAGUCUCCCUCCCCGACAAGCGGAACCCUAAGAGCGGGGGCGGCGGCGGCGGCUUCGGGAGCAGCAUCAUUUCCAGAAUCUCGGAGUCGCAGAUCGUCGCCACGGGGAAGCGGGCGGCGGGCGACGCGACGUUCGUGACGAAGAAGCUCCUGAAGAGCACGGGGAAGGCCGCUUGGAUCGCCGGCACCACCUUCCUCGUCCUCGUCGUGCCCCUCAUCAUCGAGAUGGACCGCGAGCAGCAGCUCAACGAGCUCGAGCUCCAGCAGGCCAGCCUCCUCGGCACUCCUCCCGUCGGACAGAAAUGAAAGAGUGUGGUAACAGUUCCGGUCCCUCUUAGAUUUGUUGCUGGUGUGAAUUUGUUGCACUACCGGGGCUGGGAUUUCGAGCUUUCGCUUCCUUUUUCCAAUAUAAUUGUAGUCGUAGCCAUUGGACAAUGGUCGUCUUAAUCAGUGUAAUUUCUGGAAUUUUGUUAGUUCAAUAAGAUUUCGAGAUAAGAUUUGGCGAUUAUUAGUUC